ACGUCACCUUUCCUUUGGUGAGCAAGGUGCGUUCACGUGAGGUUGUGUGGUCCCCAGCAAAAGGUCACACAAUCCUCAUAAUUUCGUGAAAUAUCUUGUAAAAUAUAAAAAAAAAAUAUAAAAUUAACAAAAAUCCAAAAAAAUAGUAAAAUAAUUUAAAAAACCAACGGGAAUCAUUCGCUUUUAAGUUAGUGUACGUAAGCGUGCAACGUGGUCUAAGGAAUGCGAUAGGUAAUCGUAAAGAGAAAGUGAAGUAACUUUUGUACGGUUGAUUAAUGAUUUUUACACAAAGGUCACAAUAAAAUUAUUAAAAUGAAUCCUGGACCACCAAAUUAUCCAAUGGCAUCGCUAUAUGUCGGGGACUUGCACUCCGACAUCACCGAGGCCAUGUUGUUUGAAAAAUUUUCUCCUGCUGGUCCUGUUCUCUCUAUUCGCGUAUGCAGAGAUAUGAUAACUCGUAGGUCUCUUGGCUACGCUUACGUAAAUUUUCAGCAGCCUUCUGAUGCCGAAAGAGCACUAGACACUAUGAAUUUUGAUAUGAUCAAAGGUAGGCCAAUUAGAAUUAUGUGGUCCCAAAGAGAUCCAUCCCUCCGCAAAUCUGGAGUUGGAAAUGUUUUUAUUAAAAAUCUUGACAAAGCCAUAGAUAACAAGGCCAUGUAUGAUACAUUCUCUGCUUUUGGCAAUAUAUUGAGUUGUAAGGUAGCUCAAGAUGAAAAUGGGGCAUCUAAGGGAUAUGGUUUUGUUCACUUUGAAACAGAAGAAGCUGCUAAUAAAUCCAUUGAAAAAGUAAAUGGAAUGUUGCUAAAUGGAAAAAAGGUUUACGUAGGCAGAUUUAUCCCUCGUAAGGAACGCGAAAAGGAACUGGGAGAGAAAGCUAAAUUGUUCACUAAUGUUUACGUCAAGAACUUCGGCGAAGAUUUCUCGGAUGAAAUGCUAAGAGAUAUGUUUGAAAAAUAUGGCAGAAUAACUAGCCAUAAAGUAAUGUAUAAAGAGGAUGGCUCAUCCAGAGGUUUUGGUUUUGUAGCCUUUGAAGAUCCAGAUGCUGCCGAAAGGGCAUGUCUUGAGCUUAAUGGCAAAGAACUUGUUGAAGGAAAACCUCUAUAUGUAGGACGUGCUCAGAAGAAAGCUGAACGCCAAAAAGAACUAAAGCGUAAAUUUGAGCAGUUAAAAUCUGAACGUUUGACUCGUUAUCAAGGAGUUAAUCUGUAUGUGAAGAAUUUGGAUGACACAAUUGAUGAUGAGAGACUCCGUAAGGAAUUUGCACCAUUUGGUACUAUUACUUCAGCCAAGGUUAUGUUGGAAGAUGGUCGUAGCAAAGGGUUUGGGUUUGUAUGUUUCUCAUCUCCUGAAGAAGCUACUAAAGCUGUUACUGAAAUGAAUGGAAGAAUUGUAGGUACUAAACCUCUUUAUGUAGCUCUUGCUCAAAGGAAAGAAGACCGCAAAGCUCAUUUGACUUCACAAUACAUGCAACGCAUGGCAAGUAUGAGAAUGCAACAAAUGGGUCAAAUAUUCCAACCAGGCAGUGCUGGAGGUUACUUCGUCCCAACUAUUCCCCCAGCCCAAAGAUUCUAUGGCCCUGCUCAAAUUACUCAGAUGAGACCUUCACAGAGAUGGACUGCACAGCCUCCUGUAAGACCCAGCACUCAAACUGCUGCCUCAGCAUAUCCAAACAUGCAAGCACCAUUUAGACCCACUACACGUGGACCAACUCAAACAGCUUUGCGCACUUCUCUUGGAGCUAGACCUAUAACAGGUCAACAGGGUGUAGCUGCAGCACCAUCUAUUCGUGCACCUCUUGUGCCAAGCGGUCGUACUGCUGGCUACAAAUAUACAUCAACUGUGCGCAACCCACCAGCUCCACAGCCAGCUGUUCACAUCCAGGGUCAAGAGCCAUUGACAGCUUCCAUGUUAGCUGCUGCACCACUUCAAGAACAAAAACAAAUGCUUGGAGAACGUCUCUUCCCUCUCAUUCAGAGAAUGCACCCUGAUCUUGCUGGCAAAAUUACUGGAAUGCUUCUAGAAAUAGAUAAUUCUGAACUUUUACAUAUGUUAGAGCAUGGAGAGUCUCUUAAAGCGAAGGUUGAUGAGGCUGUUGCUGUUUUGCAAGCUCACCAAGCUAAACAGCAAGCCACUAAGAAAGAUUAAGUUUAUUUGACAAGGUGGACUCUUUUUUUACUAUAUUCUUAAUAAUAUUUGUUAUAAACAUCUUUUAUAUGUAUUAGUAAGUGUCCCGGUCAAAAAAAUAUAAUAAUAAAAAUUGAAAAAAAUACAAAAAAUGUGGAUUGCACUAUUCCAUGAUAUAUAACUUUUAUUAUAAUGUGGAAGUGCAUAUCUGCAACAAAAAUAUGCAACUAUCACAUUUCUAUGUAUGAAACAGUUUAUGCUAAUAAGCAUUUUGACUUUCUAUAUUGACCAAGAAGUUGAUUUAAGUUAGUCUUUAUCUUUUCUUUAUAUUCUUCUCCUAGAAAGGAGUUUGCUUUUGUUCUUGCAAUUUUCUGUCCUUCUUAUUUUUGUCGUCGGUUUUACAUUGGCUAUACCUAGUAUUGAAAGCUCGGUCUCUGAUGUAACUGAUUGUAAUUUGUACUAUGUUACAUAUUAUAUUCAAAAAUAUUCAUAAUA